CUGCAGCCGCCUUCCCUCCGUGAUCCAGUCUCCGGGUUUUCCUCACCCUCCGUAUCCGUGUGGUCCGGGGCGGGGGCAGCAGUGCAGAGCCGAGUGUGUGCGCUGCUCCCUCACUAGACCCGCACCUGCCGCCCAGCACGCAGGAAAAACUAUGACGUCUGGAAUGGACCCUAAGCGCUAUUACUAGAGACAAUGGGGACCACUGUAGUCUGCUUGCGUUACUUGGAAACACAGUGACUGCACUGGGGAAAGUGGAUGGAAAUUAUCCUUCAUUACUUCUGGACAGCAAAUAAAUUGAGACGAUGAAGCUGCCAAAUUUCCACAUGUUUAGCUCUUGCUAACUCCAUUUCUCCAUAAAGAAGUUCCUGCUUGUGGUCCUCCAUGGUUGACGUUUACCAGCUUGAUUUGAAGUAGUAGUUUCUGUACUGUUUACAAUGAAGAACAGCUCGGGCACCAUGCUGGACCUCACCUUCUUGACGGAUGAGGAGUAUGAGAAGCUCAUGAAAGUUCUGCAGAGAGAUGCUGAGCUACAGAAGAAAGACAGCGACCGCAUCAGACGUCUUCAGGGAUCAUUGAAAGAUGAAAAAAAGAAAAAAUUUGUGACCGGGGAGUGGUUUCAUGAUGUCAAGUUUCGACGUUUCAAGGAAGACUUACAAGGCUCUGAAUUACUUAGAGCAUCAAUUCGGAAGAAGCGGAAUCUAAAUCAAAGCAUAAAGAAUGGAAAAGGAGAUGGUUUCAAAGAAGCAAUACACAAUCUAUCCACACACGGGGAGCUUGACUCUCAGGGACAGCAAAGUCCUGUUGAUGGUAUUUAUGAUAGGACUGCCAGUGUGCCUCAGCUGCAGAUAGAUCCAUCUGUAGAGCCUGAAUCAUCCAGUCACAAUUCACCAGAAAAGAGGAGCCUCAAUGGCAAUAAACCAGUAGACCGUGUAACUAAUGAAGGCUUAUCUCCGUCUUCUGAGACUCAAAGCUUUCCUGAACGAGGAGAACACAGAAGUAAUCUGCAAGAGAGCAGCGCACCAAAUAAGAAUUUAAUAUCAAGACCUGUUCCUCUUGCUAGAAAAAUAUCUUCUCCUGAGAAAAGUCCAAACGAAGAAAGUGGAAGUCCUAGUAAGAUACCAGUCAAAAGGAAAACAAGUAGGGAAGCAUCAAAGACUGACAUUUCAGCACAAUCGGAUCAUUCAAGCAUCACUUUCAAGAAGACAGAAACAUUGGCACAGUCUGGAUUAUCCUCUCCAGAGACAGAGCAGCCGAAAAAUGUCAAAACCAAUGCAAACUUUGAAGUCCAUUCAAUCAAAGAGAUGCAAGGAGAGCAAGAUUCCAUUCUAGACAAAGACCAGUUUAUAUCUCUAAGAAAAUUUUGGGAAAAGGGAGCAGGGAAUUCAGGGAAUGCAAGUCAGGGCCAUUUAAAGCAAGAAGCAGAAGAUGCAGUGAAUUUAGAUGAGUCUCCUGCAAAGCCUAAUCACUCAGUUACUAUACAAUCCACCACAAAAGUUAAUAGCGAGGAGAGAUCUCUACCAGAGUAUACACAUCGACUGAAGUAUUUCUCACAAAGACCUCAAGUGGUAUCCUCCAGUGAAGAUGAAAUGGUCCAUGUGGUUCCACAUCGAAAAACCCCAUCCUCUUCAAUACCAAGAUCAACUUAUGCUAAAAGCAAGGGUUCAUCAAAUUCGAGAAGUAUGUCUGUAUCAGAAAGCAAUGGGACAACCUCACACAGUGAGGACAACAGUGGCGUUAAUCGCUCUUCUAAGAAAUCAAAGCUUCCAGUUAGAGCUUCUUCAGUUGUCAAGGAGACUAAAGGUGAUCCUACUUCUUCUCCCAAAGACAAGCUACCUGUCGUUUCUGUGCCAGAGAUAACAGACUCUGUGGACGAAAUCAUUGUCCCACAAAGCAAACCAAAAGUAGCAGAGUCACUUUAUAGCAAGGUUCAGAUUUUAAUUGAUACUGUGUCCUCUGAUGAAGAACAGGGAGGGACAGAUAAAAAACCCAAGAGUGAAGAAGACAAGACCGGACAUUCACUACUGGAAACUGAAAACGGCCGGAGCUCUGAAGAUUACCCUGAGGAUGUGGCUGCAUCAAAGUCUAAUAAUGUCAGCAACGCAAGAAGCAUGGUGAAUAUUUAUACAACCACGGAAACAUAUAACAAGCCGAACACGUUAAGUCACCAGCUUCUGGAGCCGGAACGCGCUAAAGAGCUGAGCAGAUCCACUCCUGCCCUGCAUUCAGAGACUGAAUCUGACACUGCCUCUGAAAUCAGCUUCAACAUUAGGAAACACAGAAAGACCCUUAGCGGUGGCAGCAACUCCUCUGAUAUGGCAUCAGUAUCUUCCGUCAGUAACAGUGUCCUCAGUGUGUACAGCGGUGAUUUUGGAAGUGUGGACGCACAAGGAACUGUUCAGUUUUCUCUGGAUUAUGAUGAGAAGAACCGUGAGUUCCAGAUAUACGUGGCUCAGUGCAGGGACCUGGCUGUGGUGGAUGAGAAGAAAGGACGAUCAGACCCGUAUGUCAAGACUUACUUACUGCCGGAUAAGGCAAGGAUGGGGAAGAGGAAAACGUCGGUCAAAAGAAAGACGACAAACCCAAUUUACAAUGAAGUCUUAAGGUACAAAAUUGAAAAAAUGGUGUUGCUGAUCCAGAAACUCAACCUUUCUGUGUGGCACAAUGACCCACUUGGCAGGAACAGCUUCCUCGGAGAGCUAGAGAUUGAUCUGACUAGCUGGGAUUGGAGUAAUACAAAGCCUAACUGGUAUACCUUAAAACCACGGAGUCUAUCUGCAAUGAAUGGUGUGGAUCAUCUUGGAGUGAUGAAUUUGUCAAUUAGGUAUAUCCCUCCAGGAAGCCUUGGUCCAAAGCAUCCAGCCUCAGGAGAAGUUCAUAUUUGGGUGAAAGAUACUAAAGACUUACCACAACUUCGACCUUCUGGGGUUGACUCAUUUGUAAAGUGCUAUGUAUUACCGGAUACCAGCAAGAAGAGUUACCAAAAGACACGCGUCAUUAAGAAGGAUUCAAACCCAGUAUUCAACCACACCAUUGUCUAUGAUGGCUUCCACACUGAAGACUUAAAAGAUGCAUGUGUCGAGUUGACCGUCUGGGAUCAUGAAAAACUCAGCAAUCAUUUCCUUGGGGGAAUAAGACUUGGACUUGGUACAGGUUACAGUUAUGGGAUUGUUGUGGACUGGAUGGACUCUACCCAGGAAGAGGUGGCCUUAUGGCAGGAAAUGAUGAUGACUCCAAAUGAGUGGAUUGAAGGAUCCCUCCCUUUAAGAUCCUUGGCUGGGAGAAGGAAGUUCAAAUAGACUUGCUGUUUGCAGACACAUCAUGGUACUCAUAAAAUAUAGAACUAAAUAUAUAUAUUUUUUUGGGGGGUGAGUGUUUUUUUCCCCGAAAUCUACAUUAAUUAAGUGUAGAGAAUACAACACAUUUUGGAUUUUUUCCUGGUACAAGUCUGUUUUCUCAGUUUCUAAAAAGUUAUUCUUUUUGUGACUAAAUGACCUGCACAAGGGUUACUUCUUUCUUAAUGCCAAAGCACUUUAUUUUGGAUCUACUUUAAUGACUUCCAUGGAACUCCCUUGGAGGGGAAUAUUUGGCAGAACCUUUGCCAGAACCUGCUUAAGUAGCAGAACAUUUUGAACAUUUCAGUGUGCCAAAAGAGUUGAAAACCUUUGUAUACCACAGAUGUGAAGGUCUCAGUUGAAGUCUUAAAUGAUCGCCUGAAGAACUUGGUUUCAGUCAAUGGAGUCAUGGUACUGUGGCAGAGGACGGACAAGAAAGGAAAAAAAAAAAAGACGUAGCAAACCAUAAAAUAGCAUAAAAUCAUACAUGGAGCAAGCAAAUAACUGGAAUAAUUCGAAUUUUCCUAAUCACUGCCAUGUCUGAGGAGAUAUAUUGGUACAAUAUUUUAUGUUGCGGGUU